AUGGCAAACAUCCCCAGCUUUAUCGAUCGACUCUUAUCAGUCAAUGACACGGCGAACCCCUCUCUGACACAUUGUAUCAAAGAAGCGGAGAUCGACGAUAGACGAUACUCGUUGAGUUUGUACAACGCUUUUCAGGACCUCUUCAACGGUCUCCCCUUGUGUGCCAUGAUUUCUGGGCGUAUUUUCUGUAUGCACGGAGGUCUGAGUCCUCAACUGGAGUCGUGGAAGCAGCUCGCCGCCAUCAAGCGUCCUUUCGAUCCACCAAACAAAUCAAUCGCCAUGGAUCUUCUUUGGGCAGAUCCGGAGAACAAUAUGAACGGAUGGGCAAAGAACUCUCGAGGUGUUUCUUAUAUUUUUGGUGCUGAUGUCGUCAAGGAUUUUACGGACAAGAUGAACAUUGAUUUAAUUGCCAGAGGACAUCAGGUGGUUCAAGACGGCUACGAGUUCUUCGCUGGCAAACGACUUGUGACAAUCUUCUCGGCCCCAAAAUAUUGUGGAGAAUUCGACAACAAUGCAGGAGUGAUGAUUGUUGAUGAGAGGCUCAUAAUCUCGUUUGACAUUCUGAAACCUGCCAUUCGUGAAGUGACGAUUCGAGCACGUGGAACAUCUAAAAACGCGUCGACAAGAAGCAUGCUUGUCAGCAGUCGAGGACCCAAAUCGAAAAUGGGAUGA